AUGGCAACAAAAAGUCUGAGACGCGAACGUUCCAUCUCAACAGCCCCUUCCACUUUGCCCACAGCCAUGACAUCAUCGACUGUCCAUCAUCAUUCCAUACCCUACACGAUAUUCAUGUACAAGGAAGAGUUACGAAAGGGUACCGCCGAAUUCAUGCGCUUGUCCAAGGUUAAAUUGCAUCUCACGGACACCCUAAUAACCAAAACGAUACAAAAUAUUAGCCAAUAUGAUGUGGCCGAGGUGAUAACUAUUGACCAGCAGAUGGUCUUCAAAAAGCGUCUCUUCUCCAAGAUGCACAAGAUAAGGAAAUUGGAAAAGAUGGGCCUCAAACACAUCGACCCCAAUCAAAUCAGCGAAGAUUUGUAG